GGAGGAGGAGGAGGAGGAGGAGGAGGAGGAGGAGGAGGAGGAGGAGGAGGAGGAGGAGGAGGAGGAGGAGGAGGAGGAGGAGGAGGAGGAGGAGGAGGAGGAGGAGGAGGAGGAGGA